GUCCCGGCCGCCGCAGCGGCUGCAGCGCCGGCGGGACCCGCCGUGCCCUCCCGCCGCCUCGCCCGCACGGAGCGCGGAUUGUGCAACCUGGGAAAUGUUAUUGCCUUUUAACUAACUUCAGAAAGUGUAUUCUGGACUGAAUUGACCAGACCUCCCAUUCUAUGCAAGCAUCUCCUGCUGGUGACCAGGUUUCUUAGCAAGAGCAGACAGAGCUCAUCCUUCCACCAUGCCUGUGCCUCCCCCUCCAGCUCCCCCUCCACCCCCAACACUGGCCUUGGCAAAUACUGAAAAGCCAUCCCUAAGCAAGUCAGAACAGGCAGGGAGAAAUGCUCUAUUAUCUGAUAUUACCAAAGGAAAAAAGCUCAAGAAGACUGUUACUAAUGACAGAAGUGCUCCAAUCCUAGACAAACCCAAAGGAUCUGGUGGAGGUGGCGGCGGUGGCUUUGGAGGAGGCGGCAGCAGCGGGGGUUUUGGUGGUGGCAGUGGUGGUGGCUUCGGUGGCAGUGGACCACCUGGCCUUGGAGGCCUUUUUCAAGCAGGAAUGCCAAAGCUCAGAUCUGCAAAUCGAGAUGCCGACGCCGGGGGAGGCCGGCCGCCCGUCCUGCCGCCCGGAGGCCGCUCCGCCGCCGCCAAGCCCUUCUCCCCGCCGAGCGGCCCGCCGCGCUUCCCGGGGCCGCCCUCGGGGCCGCGCACCGCCACCCCGGACCCUCAGAGGAGUCGCGUGCCGCCGCCGAGGCCCGACGCCGGCUCGAAGCCCGAGGCGGCGCCGCCGCCGGUGCCCAGCACGCCCCGGCCCAUCGCCUCCAGCCUGCACAACCGGGGCUCGCCGCCGGUGCCCGGGCUGAGCCGGCAGCCCAGCCUGGGGCCCUCGCCCCCGCCCUUCCCGGGCAGCCGGGCCGCGGGGUCGGCCGCGCCCCUCCGGCAGCCGGGCCCCGGCGCGCCGUCCCCCUUCUCGGGCCGGCCGCCGCUGCCGCCCACCCCGGGCCGGCCGGCCGAGGACAAACCGCCGCCCCCGCCGCCGCCCCCCGCCGGGCACCGGCCGUCCGCCGCCCGGGAGGCGUCUCUGCCGCCGCCGCCGCCGCAGAACAGCAAGCCGCCCGUGCCCGCCGCCCCCCGGCCCGCCCUCGGCGCCCCGGCGCCCCCGCUGCCCCCCAGCAGGCCCGGGCCGCCCCCGGUGCCGCCCGCCCCCCCCGCCGGCGGCGACGAGAUGCCGCGGCUGCCGCAGAGGAACCUCUCGCUGGGGUCGUGCCCGGCGCCCGGCGGGGGCCGCUCCGGACCGCUGCCCCCGCCGCCCGGAGAGCGACCGCCGCCGCCCGUCAGAGACCCGCCCGGCCGCUCAGGCCCGCUCCCACCGCCUCCCCCCAUCAGCAGGAACGGGAGCACCUCGCGGGCUCUGCCCAGCGCCCCGCAGCUGCCGUCCCGGGCAGGCCUGGACAGCCCGAGGGCCGGGCCGCGGCCUCCGCUGCCCCCCGACCGGCCCGGCUCCGCAGCGCCGCCGCCGCCACCGCCGCCCUCGGCAGCUGUCAGAAACGGCUUCCAGGAUCCCGGUGAUGAUGAAUGGGAAAGCAGAUUUUCUUUUCAUCCGAUAUCUGAUUUGCCACCUCCAGAGCCAUAUGUACCCAUGAACAGAAGUUAUCCCAGUAAACUAGCAAGAAAUGACAGUAGAGGUGGUUCUGUCCGAAAAGAAAGAGGUGCCCCCCCACUCCCGCCUAUCCCAAGGUGAAAUGGGUUCUGGCCCAUCUUUGGGUGACAUCUGCUCUCAAGUGUCCUUCAAGUCAGCUCUCCUGUCCACAUGACUGGAAAGUUGUCUCUCCUGAUUGAUUUCCACUUUUGGCUUGUCAGCUGGAACAAACUUCAGUCUAUUACAGAAGUAAUAGAUGUGGCUUAUGGACUAUAGUCGCGCAAAGCUCUGACUUUUAUUCGCUUAAACUGCAGGCAUUUUGUGGACCCUACAGAACGUAGGUGCAUCAUGCUUACCAUGUCCAACCCUGUCCCCUGGAGAGCUCCGUGGGAAGUCUGGCUUUGAAUUUGAUAGAGCUUGAACAAAGUUGUUUCAUUCACUUUGGGUACAGUAGCUGUAUUAUUUUAAUGAUAAAGUAUUUGAUGCUUAAAAAAACAGUUGCUGGGUAAAAAGUGUAGCCAAGAGUCCCCUGGAUCCUUCUUUGCAUGCCUAACUCAGCCUAUCUGCUUCUGCAAGCCAUAGACCUACUACAUGGUGACAAAGAGUUCAUCUUUAACUUUUUUACUUCAGUUUAGUCAAGCAAAUCUUAAACAAUGCACAACACAUCCUGCCUCAAGGAUGGAGUGUCCCUGGCCUUGUUUUUAUCUUCAGAGAAUCUUCCAAAGAAAAGCACAAGUGAAGAAUUCAUCAGCAUAAAAAUAUAUUUUUUUAACCCUCUUUCCUAUUUUUUAAUAGUGUUAUGUGUUCUGUGACCUAAUUCUGUCCUACUCUUAUGUGGACCAACCCACGUCAUGUCAUCCGUGCCUUGGAUUGCUGUAACGCCCUCUGCCUGAUAGUGCACGUGAGGAGUCCUCAGAAGGUAGUCUGAGUGCAAACACAGCAAUUAUUGUAGCUACAGGCUCCUCCUGUAAGGCAUCACUGGUGCCAGUGCUCCACAGACUGCUUCCCAGUUGUUUCUUUGGUACAACUAAACGAUGGGGUUUGACUUAAAAAGCUUCUUGGCACUUAGGUCACGAGUCUCAGAGAGCUUGUGUUUGAUUUCCAUUAUGGGAGAGCGGCCAAGGUCAAAAAUGUUCCUCAGUGAAAGCCCUUUGAUGUUGUGAGAGGGGUUUGGGGGUUGUACAUUCAAGUGGGAGCAUCCCAAAUUUGCUGUCUGCAUUGGUUAAAGAGAAAUAGAAAGAUUUGGCUAUGAAGCUUGUCCUUUCAAACUUUGCUGAAAGGAAUCUCUACAGAGAGCUGCAAGGCUUAUGAUAAAAGAGUAAAGUAUUCUAACAUUGUGGCAAGUGGUUAAUAUGUUUAAUGGCUUUUGAAUUUUGUUUAUGAGAAAAGAGCUCAUUGUAUGAGUGAAUUUUACAAGUGAGUCUAAGUGUGUAUAAAAUGCCUUUGGAAAUUAGAGGAAGAUGAUAAUUCUGGGUUUGAAAUAUUGGUCAAUGAUAGCUCUUAAUUGGACCUCUGAAAAAUAUCCUCUCAGUCUCAUCAGCAGUAUGUUUCUUCAGUGUUUUCCUUGGGAUCCCUACCAAGCCUGUGUCAGCAGCUGUGCUUCACAGGGUGUUGCUCAAAAAAACCCAAAAUAAAACAUAGAAACUAGUCAUGUAGGUUAAGAAAAUGUUUCUCUAGCAUGGGAGAUAUCCUAAGUACACUCUGUGGCUAGAAUGAGGUCAGUCCUUGAAAAUCUAGGGAAUUUAGCCAAAGAGAGUCUGGACCCUGCUGAAAGGUCUGUAAAUAGGGCUUUUUGCUCUGUCUGUGAGCAGGGAGAGGCAGAUCCGCUUUCUGCCUGGCAAUCACAUUGAAGGAGAUGAGACUAGAGUUGGAUUUGGCCAGGUCAAAUUUAAUUUGGUCUUUUCAGUGUUUGUUUACAAAAUCUUAUUAGCUGUGACAGCAUUGAUUAUGUACUUGUUUUUUACAUUUUUGUAUCUAGUGACCUAUUUGUAGUUACUGUUAGUGGUCGUGAACCUGCAAUGAAAUGCGCAGGCGCAGGGAUGUAGCUGCAUCCAGUUGCAGGGUCGUGGCUGUAAGAGUUCCUUUAACAGAUACUGGUGGGACCUCCGUGUGACAGGUGCACGUUGGGAUCAAACCUGGCACAGUGCUGAAUUUGUAUAUGUAUUUUAUGGAUGUCACUUCAAGUGCCUGUCUCUUUGGGAUAUUAUUUUGUGAAUAGAAUUCCAAAUAAGAUUUUUAGGCUAAUAACUUAAAGGAUAAAUUAUUGUAUUCAUAUUUUAAAACAGAAGCACUUAAUACUUUUCUAAGGAACAAUAGUUUAAAUUUAAGAAUACAGUAUUUUCAGUACCUUGACUUGCCAAAUCUUUGUUAAUAUCCAAAUAGCUAUGUAGCCAAAAAAACCCCAGCCCUCCAGAAAUGAUAUUUUUUUAUAACUUACCUGCUUCCAACAUAACUGUUUUACUUUGGUAAGUCAAUGAAAAUGCUGCCCAAUGUUCUUCCAAUACUCUAUAUAAUUCAAAAUAUCCUGUAUUUGAUCAUUUCAGCAAGGUUUUUUGACCAGAAAUCUGGACCACUACCAAAGACUUGGAAAACCAGCUUCAGUUUCACUUUAAAAAUGUGCUAUGUAAAAGGCCCUAGGUUAACAAGCCAAGAAUCCUGAGCUGCUUAGGUUUUAGAAAUUAUUUUUUACUCUAGAAAACUCUUCAGAAUAGAUGUUUGGCGUACAUGUAAAAUAGUUUAAUACUGCAGAAAGGAGCAUUUUUUUUCACAUAACAACAGCAUUUCCACUUAUAUGUUUUGCUGUAAAAGUCCCUAGAUAUAUUCCAGAACAACGCAGCAUUUUAUCAUUCAAUAUAUUGCUUCAUGUAGCAGUAGCUAUUUACAAUAUGAUCAGUAUUAAAGUAUUUAUUUCACUAUGAAGUGUUAAAAAAGAAUAAUACAAAACAGGUUGAAUCAAUGGUGCCUUAUGAAUUUUUUAGUCAAUUUUUCUGUGUCUCAGUAGAAGAAUUAAUAGACAUUGCUCUUCCAGGUCCUAAGUACACAGUGCCGACAGUAGCAUUUUACAGUGUUUGAGCCAAGCCCUGCUGUGGUUUUGUGCUCAAUCUGCCAACUCCAGGUGGAGCUCAGUGUGUGGAGAGGCCACUGGAACAGUGUGCAGGUGAGGUGUAUGUGGGCACUGGGUGGCUUCACAAUCAGUUGUUUGUUUGGUAUUGCUCUCAAAAUUCAGACCUGUCCCAAAACCAGUGUCUGAUGCUGCUGUCCACGCAGCCCAGCCGACUUCAGUCAGUGUGGUUGCAGAGGUUCCAGAAGUAAAUUGGAUUCACUGCUUGCAUCUAAGAUUUGCUGGGUUUGUUUCAAUGGCAUUGUAUUAUAAACCCUCACACCUUAACCUGUCUUACGUUACCACUGAGGCUUGCACUGUGUGACAACAGCCACAGAUGUUUGUUUUUGCUUCAUUCAACUCCAUAAAUAAAAUGAGAAUAACUUUUGUACCAUGUAAAAAUAAUUUCUGCUCUAUAUUUUUGGAAGAAAAGCAUGUGUUAUUUUUGUUAGGACUUUCUGCACCAGCCACUGGGAGAAGAGGUCACAGUGAUGAAUGUUCAGAGUUGUUAAAGGAAACUCAGCUUGUGAUUCAGGAAGUGUCUAUUUCUAAAAAUGAAAUAAAUAACAUGGCAAAGUUCUUGUUUAAAAUCCAGCAUUUCCCAACACUAAAAGAAUCAUAAGGUUUAUUUUUUCUUUUCUGCAAGACAGCACUGUGAAAGAAGUUCCUUAUAUUGUCAGUUGAAAAACUGGGCAGUAGUUUCUCCUUGCAGCAUCAGCUGUUUGCAUGACACUUGUAGAUCUGUCUUGGAGCAGGGGAUAAAGGAGCUAAACUGCUAUCAUGCAUCACAUGUCUUGUAACACAGCAAUCUUCUGUACAGAAGUAUGGGAAUAGGAACAGUACUUUUUUGCCUUGGAGAUGAAGAAUGGAGUUGAGUGAUCAAGCAGAUUAUUUUAAGCAGAAUGUCAAAUGUUGAGAGACCUAGAGAGGGCCCCUUGGCCACAGGACACUGGAAAAGAGAAGAUUGCUCAAGGAAAUAAAAGCAACUGAAUGUUGUUACCAGUACUAGAGUAAAAAAUAGGGUAUAAAAUGUGCCCUUGGGAGUUCCACGUGGCAGUGGUGUGAACACCUUUGCCUCACAGCUGGGUGCAAGGACCUGACACAGCGGUACAUUGACUCCACGGGACACAGAUUGUGUGAGCCUUCAUCUUUCAAACGGUAUUCGGCAGAAUAAGGAGAAUCUCUCACCUGAGAUAUCCAGGAGCACUUUAAGGGCAAAUUCAUGGAAUGGUUCUUCAUGUACACUGGAAGAAAACAGGGAUCUUGUAGCUUGUAAGAUGGAUGUGUUUGGACCAUUCAGUUAAAAUCUAACUGGAGCAUUGGCAAUGAGGGGAGUAUUGGAAUAACUCGGGCAGAAGCAGGGCAUGUGUGUAUGGUCUCAGUGAGUAUGCAGCAGGUAGGUAUGCAGAUGUAAAAAGCAAAAAUGGAAACAGCAUGUCUUAAGGGAAUAACCUUUUAUGUAUGUUGCCAUUUUGAAAUACAGUUUGUCUGUGGUAAAUAUUCCUGAGUGUAAACUAAUGCAUGCAGAGGAAGACAUCUAAGUUUGGACUUCCAAAGCCACACAAGAGGGCAAUAUAAAACAUAAAACAGGCUGAGCAAAAAGUAACAUUUCUAUCAGAUGCGUAAAGUUUGAGUUUUUUAUAAAAUAAUCUGGUUCUGUGAAUUUUUUUGCUUAACCUUUA